AAACAGACUUUAUUAACUGAUACCACAGACGAUUGUCCCCAAAAAGUGACUAGACCAAGGCCUAUGGAAACAUGUGGUGUUUGUGUCGCCACCACUGUAGAAAUGGCAGCAGCACCAAAUGCUGAAGCGGAAAUACCGCCC